AUGUUAAAAUUAGAAGAUAUUAAUAUUAAAGAAGCUCGUAACCUCUUAAAUCACUAUGUACUUCCUCGUGAUGGUACUGAAGAAGAAAUACAACAACAACUUGAUGUUUUAGACUAUCCAACUGAAGAAAAUACUAUAGAAAUACGUUCUGACGAGGAGUAUGGUACGGAAAAUAGAUAUGAUCAAAGGGACGAUGAUAAUAGUUACGUUCAUGAUGUAGAAAUUUAUUCCGAAGUUGAUGAUAGUGAAACACGCGAACGAGAUGAUGAUAUUGAAAGAGAUAAAUUCGUUUCUAAACUGAGGUGGAGUGAUGAUCCUUCUUCUUUUAAAAGUGUGGACGAUAAUCCAACAGAAAAUAACAAAGACGUUGAAAUUACUAACGAUGUUGCUUCGGAUGGUUCUGAUUAUUACGAUCUUCCUAAAAGCCGAAAAGAUUAUCCAAGUGAAGAUGAAAGAAUUGACAGUGCUUUAGAGACUAGUUUACAUGAUUCUGAGGAAGGAUCUGUAACUUCUUCUCCACCAAGGUUGCAAACAGUAUCUCCUAAAGAUGAAAAUACUCCCGUUCAAGUACCAGAUAAUUCCAUUGUUAAUAUUGGUGAUGUAUCUUCGUUGAAUCUUUCUUCUUUAAACCUUCAACAAGUCGAUUCGUCAGAUCUUGAUCCUAAUGUAUCAAAAAUAGUGAAUCCCAUUGUUAGUAGUAUUGCAGAUCUUAAAUCUGAUUUCCACGCUGAAUUAGAGAAAUUUCAUUAUCGCGUCGAUCCAAAAGUUAUUGGUUCUAUGAAAGGAUCAGAUGAAUGGCAGCAAACUGAAUUUGAAAAGGCUCAAGAUCAAAGUCAUUAUGAUGCUGUUAUUACAGCAGGAAAAUUAUUAGAUCUUAUGUUGACAUUUAUUCUUCCGAAUGAAGCAUAUGAACAUAUUUCUCAAGCGCGUCACAUUCUUUGGGAAAAAGCAUUGUUAUAUCGUCUUACUUCUUCAACUGAGUCUCUACCAUCUUCUGAACCUCCUCAUUCGUUUGAACCAUACACUUCAACUAAUUCUACCAUUGAUUCUGCUAAUAAAAGCAUCAAUACUGUCAAUAAUUUACAUUUUGACGAAAAUAAUGCAGAACAAUCUACUUCAAGACAAUACACCAAAUCACAAGAAGAAACAGUCGCGAAUCAAGCUUUAUUAAAUGAUGAAAUUGCAGAAAAUCACCCUGAUUCAGCUAAGAUGAAAGAAACCGGUGAUCGAUCACCUGUUACAAAUGGAACAACAAAAUCUCGUCGGUUGCCAAAUCAAAACCGCAGGUCUAAUAGAGGGAGACGUAGAUCAAUUAGUGUACAGAUUGAAAAUUCAACUGGUAGUGGGUCAAAAUCUUUGCAAGAUUCAACAUCAUCUCGUGAUGCAGAGCGACAAGAUGAUAUUCAGUCACUUCGCCUUUCAGCAAGUCCAAAGGCACCAUUUAGAUCUCGAUCAAGAAGCAUCGUUAAUAUUCCAACAAAUAACCGUCGCUUUGUUGGAUUUCUACCUUCUAGAUGCUUUACAUGUGGUGGUAUUGGUCAUUUUGCGAAUAAUUGUCCCAACAAAGGUAGUUAUAUUACUACUUUGUCACCUCAACAACCAAUGCGUCGACGAC